CAAACUCGUAAAAUGUGCUGUAUCAAUCUCCAAAAUUGUAAAAAUUUGUUACAUUGCGUGAACUUUAGCCAAAAAAUCUUCGUUAUAUCGAGGGGACCAAAAUACAUUUGAUUUUUCGUUAUAGCACGAGGUUUUCAAGGGUCCGACAGUUUUAUACGUUAUAUCGAGAUUUUCGUUUUAUCGAACUUCGUUAUACCGCGAGUUGACUGUAUUAAUAGAAUAUAAUAAUAUGAUUAUAUUAAAACAUUGUUUUAUAAUGUUGGUGCAUCCUGAGAAACUUUUGCCACCCCUGAUAUUUUUUUCGAAUUACGCCAUUGCCAGUACGUGUGUAUCCAUCAUAUGUUAUAUACAGCUGCUCCGGAUCCGGUGUUGUUCAACGUAGACUUGGUGGCGUUGUACGAUAGAAUGUUGGACGCGGAUUGCGACGAAGACUGCGAUUUGGAUUGCGUGGCAACCGUGACGGAGACUGAACGAUGGGAGGCGUACGACAAGUUCCGCGACGUGGUCGAAGCACGGGUCGCACACAACUUGUACCUAUGCAAGUGCAUUGAACUGAAGCAGCGGACGGUGGACGUGGAAGACAACAUCAUCGAGGAGACCACGGAGUUCUGGCUGGACGACAAAAUGAAAGUGAAAGUAUGUAAGACGUUUUUCACUCGCACCCUGGGCCUGCCGGAUGCGCGGUUGAACGCGCUGCUCGAGCCCGAUACCUUCGAGUGGUUCUCCCGGUAUAAGCACCUCUUGAUUGAUCACACGGUUACCGUUAUGGCAGUGACAGCCGUUGACAAUCAUGAUAGAGACGUGGACGAAGAGAGAACGAAGCGUUACUGCGGUAUCGAACAACCCUGUUCCGAGUUUGUGCUGAAUUCCAGUUUAGCUCCCAAGCUAUUUUUAGAAACAAUAUUCGUACAACCGUAUGCGUAUCAUUUCACUAAAAAAAACAGUUUGUCAUUCGUUAAAGAAACAGACUCAGAUUUAGAUGAAGACUCAGAAGAUAUAGUUCCUUCAGUUUUUAAUAGCGUUGUAAAUCAAAUUCAAUCGAUACCAAGAGUAGUAAGUACUUUGAUAAAUCCAGAAAAUGACAAAGAAGUGUUGAGAUUCGAGAGUAGUAUAAAUUAUAAGUAUAUGUAUUUACAUUAUUUGAAACAAUCGAAGAAAAAUAAAAAUAAAUUGAGCGAAAAACAAUAUAAGAAAAUAUAUAAUCAGUACAUGAAAAAAAUAUUUAUGGUGAAAUAA